UCAGGGCGUUGUCAACAAUUGGACUAAUAAAAAUAGAACUGGCGUCGUCUUUACAAAUAUUUAAAAAAGCUUCGACAAUAUUCAUUAAAAAUGGUUGUGUUGAGCUCCUGUUGGUCACCCAUUAUUUGGUCAAAUAAUGUACGCACGGGCAGCUAUGCCGUUGCGGCUUACACCGCCGCAUUAAGUGUAGUAAUGAUCACACUAAUCUCUUACAUGCUUGCUGGUGGAGAAUCUGGCCAACUGUAUUCGCCGUUGUUUGAAACUGACAUAAGAUCUUCUAUGCCCAUAGCAGGUGGCUUUUUUAUAAUCUAUUUUAUCUUGAUUAUAAUUGCAUCCUAUCUUGUGUACUAUGGAAUUAAAAUAAGUACUCGUGGUUGGCUUCUCCCUUGGCUAUUUUUAAUUGGACUCGCCAUUCUGUUUCAAUUUUGUUGGAGCCUUUGGUUGAUUGGAGGAUACUACAUAUAUUUGGAACAAACAUUCUCGGCGCUGUUGAACUUUGUAUGGACGGCCUAUAAUAUAUACUGCUGGCUCGUCGUGUUCUCGCAAUACCAAAUCUUUUUGCAGAUUCAGAAUCCAAAUAUCGAACUAUUAAUGCCAUAGAGAGGGUAUUUAUGCCUAACACUUGACAUUUAUCGAAUCUUUUCACAAGCAUCUUAUAUUAAGUUUAACUAAACAAUCAAUUAAUCCGUCCAAAGCAAAUUUUGCAAUAUCAGCAUUCCCGACCAGACGUGUCUUUUAUACAUUAAAUAUAUAUAUAACAAAUUUACAAAUAUCUAUAGUUUAUACAAGACGAAUAAUAAGAUUUAUAUAAAUACAAA